AUGAGUAAGGGAGGAGGCGGCAGCCAUAGGAACCAGAUUAUCGACAACGACAUUAAAGCAGAGCCGGGCGCUGAGGGUGUUGGGAUACAGAACUCUUUCAAUGGACCAGGUCAACCUGAUCUCACCGUUGCUGGCAAUAGAGUUGUUGCACAUGAAUGCGCCAAGAAUGUUGGGAUCCAAGGAGUUGGCAACACCAACACCAGACCUGACGAAGGCUCCAGCUGGUGCUGCAUCCUAUAG